CGGGGCCGAGCGAAACCGGAAGAGGCGAAACGGUUGCGUGAGGACGAUCGAGCAGCCACAAUCUCUGACCGACGACGACGAGGAAUCUGGAAUUCAAAUUAUUCUAAGCGAAUAACAAAAUUCGAUCCAACCUUAAUCAUUCUUACGAUUCAAGAGAGACUUCUGUGGAAUUUGGGAUUUGCGUGUUUCUAACUUUGUCGAAUUUCACGGCCUCCAAGCUGGUGCUGUCACAAGGAGGAAGCUCCGGAGAAUGCAAUGCGACGGAGAUGCUCAGGUUUUCGUGGUGAUAGAGGUUUGUAGUUGAGAAUUGAUCCAAUGGAGGAAGACGAGGAUCGGUUUUUGUUGAGUAGCUUAGGAGUGACAUCGGCGAAUCCUGCUGAUAUCGAGCAGACGAUACUCGAUGAGGCGACGAAGAAACUAGAUAACGAUGAGAAAGGGAGUGUGGAGCAGGUGCAAGGAAGCCAUCUCCUUCCAUCUAGCCAGAGCGAGCUUUUGAAUAGAUUGAGGGCUGUAAAGUUUGAAAUAGAUGCUGUUGCAUCAACUGUUGAGCAAGUGGAGGAGGUUGGAGAAGAAGAUGGUGUACAGAAAGAUGAUGAAUCAGAGGCUCAUGGGCUUCAUAGUGGUUCUGUGCUUCAGCACGCCCUUGCCACAGACCGUCUAAGAAGCCUUAGGAAGAGGAAACUUCAACUUGAAAAAGAAAUCAAUGUUUUACAAGGCCAGAGCGCUUCUGGUAGUGCUGAUAGCAAUAUUCUACUGCGGGAUGUGGUGAAGGGAGAGCCUAGUCUCAAGAGAAAACUGAAAGAGAUUCAGAAACCAAGCAAGAGAGAAGGGAAGAAGGUGAAAGUAGUCUCAUUUCAUGAGGACACGGAUUUUGAUGCCGUUUUCGAUGCAGCUUCCGCAGGCUUUGUUGAAACGGAAAGAGAUGAAUUGGUGAGAAAAGGAAUUUUAACUCCUUUUCACAAGCUCGAGGGUUUCGAACGCCGACUUCAGCAACCUGGAUCGUCAAACUCCCGCAACCUACCUGACGGAGAAGACGAAAAUGAGGACUCCGGCAGUAUUGAUAGAGCUGUCAAAUCAAUGUCUCUGGCUGCUAAAGCUCGCCCAACAACCAAGCUACUUGAUGCAGAGGACUUGCCAAAGCUUGAAGCGACCCCUGUUCCUUUUAGAAGGUUAAGAAAGCUUUACAAGACUCAUGAUUCUUCGGAUAAUGAAGCAAAGAAAACUAAAGCUGGGAAGAAAAAAAAGAAGCGGCCUUUGCCUGAAAGGAAAUGGACAAAGCGUAUUUCUAACGAAGACUCUAGUCUACAAGAAAGUGAAGGUUGUGGGAGAAUCUUGACCACUUCCAGUUGUGAGGAAGAACUAGAUGAUUUUGACGACGCAGACGAAAACGAAAGAUCUUCUGUACAGCUUGAAGGUGGAUUAAACAUUCCCGAAGGCAUAUUUAACAAACUUUUUGAUUACCAAAGAGUUGGAGUGCAGUGGCUCUGGGAACUUCAUUGCCAAAAAGCUGGUGGCAUUAUCGGGGACGAGAUGGGUCUUGGUAAGACUGUGCAGGUCUUAUCUUUUCUCGGAUCCCUGCAUUUCAGCAAGAUGUACAAACCGAGUAUAGUUAUAUGUCCUGUCACACUCUUGCGUCAGUGGAGAAGAGAAGCGCAGAAAUGGUACCCUGAUUUUCACGUGGAAAUACUCCAUGACUCGGCACAAGAUUCAAAUGGCAGAGGAGUCAAGGCCUCUGAAAGCGAUAAUGACAGUGAAGGUUCAGUCGACAGUGAUAAGGAGCAAAAGUCCAAGAACACCAAGAAAUGGUAUUCUUUGAUAAACCGGGUUCUAAACUCUGAAUCGGGGCUCCUCAUCACCACAUAUGAGCAAUUGAGGCUGCAGGGUGAGAAGCUGCUCAAUAUUGAGUGGGGCUAUGCAGUACUGGACGAAGGCCAUCGGAUUCGGAACCCGAAUGCUGAAGUUACUUUGGUGUGCAAACAGUUACAGACCGUCCACCGGAUUAUUAUGACUGGGGCACCAAUCCAGAAUAAACUGACAGAACUCUGGUCCUUGUUUGAUUUUGUUUUCCCUGGAAAACUGGGUGUCCUGCCCGUGUUUGAGGCAGAGUUCUCUGUUCCCAUAACUGUGGGUGGCUACGCCAAUGCUUCUCCCUUGCAAGUGUCCACUGCCUACAGGUGUGCUGUUGUUCUUCGUGAUUUGAUCAUGCCGUACCUCCUCCGCCGUAUGAAGGCUGAUGUGAACGCAAAUCUCACAAAAAAGACUGAGCAUGUUCUCUUCUGCAGCCUCACUGUGGAGCAGCGAUCUACCUACAGGGCGUUCCUCGCGAGCUCCGAGGUAGAAGAUAUUUUUGAUGGAAACAAGAAUUCGCUGUAUGGGAUUGAUGUGAUGCGUAAGAUAUGCAACCACCCUGAUCUACUUGAGAGAGAACAUUCUCACCAGAACCCCGAUUAUGGGAAUCCAGAACGCAGUGGGAAGAUGAAGGUUGUUGCAGAAGUUCUCAAGGUCUGGAGACAGCAAGGACACCGUGUACUUCUGUUUUCACAGACUCAGCAAAUGCUUGACAUCCUCGAGAGCUUCUUGGUUGCAAAUGAGUAUAGUUACCGGAGGAUGGAUGGUCUUACGGCAGUGAAACAGAGGAUGGCUUUGAUUGAUGAGUUCAAUAACUCAGAUGAUGUGUUUGUUUUCAUUCUGACGACGAAGGUGGGUGGCUUGGGAACAAACUUGACCGGCGCGAAUAGGGUCAUUAUCUUUGACCCGGACUGGAACCCCUCGAAUGAUAUGCAGGCAAGGGAACGUGCUUGGCGUAUAGGGCAGAAGAAAGAUGUUACAGUUUACAGAUUGAUCACACGGGGCACAAUUGAGGAGAAGGUAUAUCAUAGACAGAUAUACAAACAUUUUCUCACCAAUAGGAUCCUGAAGAAUCCACAACAGAGAAGAUUCUUCAAAGCUCGGGAUAUGAAAGAUCUUUUCAUACUGAGUGAUGAUGGCGAUAGCAACGCAUCCACCGAAACCUCCAACAUCUUCAGUCAGCUGGCUGAAGAUAUAAACAUCAUAGGAGCUCAAACAGAGAAUACAACCGAAUCCACUACACAGCUUGAUAUUCACGAUGCAGCAGAAGAAUCCUCAGGGCAAAAAUAUGAUAAAAGUGGCGAACCCAUGGAUGAAGAGACAAAUAUCUUAAAGAGUCUCUUCGACGCACAUGGAAUACAUAGUGCUGUGAAUCACGACGCCAUCAUGAACGCAAACGACGAGGAAGAGAAGAUUAGACUUGAACACCAGGCAUCUCAAGUUGCACAGAGAGCCGCGGAAGCGUUGCGGCAAUCACGGAUGCUGCGCAGCCGUGAAAGCAUCUCAGUGCCCACAUGGACGGGAAGAUCUGGUUGUGCAGGUGCACCUUCAUCUGUACGGAUGAGAUUCGGAUCAACUGUGAAUUCCCGGUUAACCCAGACCACAGCAGACAAAUCAUCAGCGGUCAAGAACGGUAUCAGCGCGGGUCUAUCUUCUGGCAAAGCACCGUCUUCCGCAGAGCUUCUCAACAGAAUCCGCGGAAGCAGAGAACAGGCCAUUGGCGUUGGCCUUGAGCAGCCACAGACUCCGUUUCCAUCUUCAUCAGGUUCAAGCAGCAGAGUAGGUUCGUUGCAGCCCGAGGUACUGAUCCGACAGAUAUGCAGCUUUGUACAGAAAAGAGGAGGAAGCACGGACACGAGCAGCAUUGUCAACCAUUUCACGGACAAGGUUCCUGAAAAGGACCUACCAUUGUUUAGGAAUCUCUUGAAGGAGAUUGCCACGCUUCGAAAGGAUCAAAACGGUUCGCUUUGGGUCCUCAAAUCAGAGUACAAAGACUAAAAAAGAGCUUUGUCGCAGAGAAGAGAUGUCUCGUAAUUUUUUGUCAAAUUAAUGGCACCAUGCAAAGUGAUCUUGCUGUAUAGAUAGAUGCACAUACAGAGAGUAAGAAGAAGUAGGCAUUUUUUUGUUUUUGUUUUUAAUCGAAAAAAAUUGAAUACAAUUCACCAAAUUGGGCCCUUUUUGUUUAGGCCUUGUUUUAACUUUACAGAAAGUUAAUAAGCCCAAUUAUUUCCAGCCGAGAACUUUAUACUGGAGAGUAGAUUUUUGGAGAAUCAACAUUUUUGACAUUUAUACCAAUC